AACAUUUUCUGAAUGAGAUUUUUCUUCAGAUUUCUCGGGAGAAAUUUCGCUCCGCUAAAAUUCAGACGAAAACGCGACGAAUGCUUCUUCCAGAUGUAUCCAGUUUCUAUUAUCUCCUGAUAAAGUCGCGCGUGUGUGUGAAAUUCUUCACAAUAUAUUCUUAUCCCCCUUUUCUCAUACUCGUCAUCAGAUUAGAUAAAGAGGGCUUGGUUCGGUCUCUACUAAAACGCGACGUACGUAUCAUUUCAAACGGUUAAGUUUCACAGGUGAAAAACUGGUGCGAAAAAGUUCAAAAACAUGGUGUCUCUGGAGACUAUUGCGAGCAUAGUGCUCAAAGUGCUAAAAUUGGUUCUCAACCUUAUUAUUAUAAUUCUAUAUCGUACGGGAUAUGGUGGAGAAUUUUUAGGAGUCGGAGGCACAUGGAACUUGAAUGAAGAUAAAAAUCCUGAUGCCGAAAUUGUCGCUUCUGGCGUCUUCGUUGGUUUCUUCAUCUAUACGAGUGUAGUACUUAUCAGUUACUGUUUUGGAACAACAGAGCAGAAAAAGACCCUUGUAGAAAUUAUUAUGAAUUUUACCGGAACGUUUAUGUUCGUGGCUGUCGGUGGAACAGCUCUACAUUACUGGCACGGUUAUCAAAACGAUCAGAAAUUUAUAUAUGAUACAUCUGAAAGACAAAUUGGCUUAGCUGUGGGCUCGCUGUGUGUCAUAGAAGGCGCAAUGUAUUUGGUGGACUUGAUAUUAAGCUUCUUACAUUACGCUAAAGAUGAAUUCAAUUAAAGACAAGAGUAUUGUGAAAUGACAUCACUGACAUAACGAGUACAUUUUUUUUUUUUACAUUUUGUUCUACCAAAAUCAAUUUGUCUUUUAUAGCAAACAAUUCAUAUCGAGUGUCAUAAAAAAAAAAUCUUGUAGGUUGAACAAUCGCGAUCGCGCGCGCGCGCGGAUACUUCUCAUAAGAAAAAGUAUGUGUUAGUCAUACGUUUGUCGUAAGAUUUCUCUUUGCAGAGAGUGUGAACAACCUUGUCUCUAUUCAAAAAAGAAACAAGGUCUUCUCCCAUUGCACUUUUUUUUAUAUACAUAUAUAUAUUUAUUCACAUACAGAUUUCCAUUAUACAAAACUAUGUGUAUCAAGUAAUCAAAUUUAUUACAGAAUUUUUAUAAUAAAACGAAUUAAAAUAUA